UCACACGAGCAGCUCGACACUGGUGAUCAACGUUUUUCCCGAAGCUAGUGCGCUGUAGAUUGCAGCCAUUUCUGUCAUCGGUCCGCGUUAAUCUGCGUUGUUGAAGUGUCAACAACAACAACAACAGCUCGGAUCUUCCUCUCGUUCGCUCGGCUGGCUCGCCAGCUGAAUCUCUCCGGGAUGGACCCAGCGAGCCGCUACCAAGUGCUGCACAAUGAGGAUGACUCUUCAGAGGCCUCCACCAGCGAGCAGCAGCCGUGCACUUCUGCCCAGGCGGCCGGUACGUCCAGCCAGGACCAGAGCCAGGCCGAGUGCAGCCAGGCGCCCGCCGCCGUAGCGGGGGAAGCGUCGGGGUCAAGGACCCAGGGGGAGGCUGACGCACCCCCGCCUCCUUACGCCUCUAUCGACCUGGGAGCAACCGCUGCACCAGAGACAAGCUACCGAUGCGACUUCCCGGUCCCUCCGCCCUACAGCGUCGCCACCUCGCUGCCCACGUACGACGAGGCGGAGAAGGCCAAGGCGGCCUCCUUGGCGACCUCCGCCGUGGAGGUGAUGCCACGGGAUGAUGAGUUCCCUCCCAGAGAUGAUUUCAGCGACGCCGAUCAGCUUCGAGUUGGCAACGAUGGAAUCUUCAUGUUGGCCUUUUUCAUGGCCUUCCUGUUCAACUGGAUCGGGUUCUGCCUGUCCUUCUGUCUGACCAAUACCAUCGCGGGACGCUACGGCGCCAUCUGCGGCUUCGGCCUCUCCCUCAUCAAGUGGAUUCUUAUCGUCAGGUUCUCCGACUACUUCACCGGUUACUUCAACGGUCAGUACUGGCUCUGGUGGAUCUUCCUGUUGCUCGGUAUCCUGCUGUUCUUCAGGGGCUUCGUGAACUAUCUUAAAGUCCGUAACAUGUCCGAGAACAUGGCCACGUCUCACAGAACACGCCUCUUCUUCCUCUACUGAAAGGUUUUCCAAGCAUCGCCAUUACUUACCAACGCAACGUUCCCCUCCCUCCUCCCCACCCCUCGAAUGACCUGAGUGACCAGCCUUGCAGCGAAGAUGAGACGGGGAAAGAAUGAAGGAAAGGCGUCGGGAGAACGCGUUAGCAGUCUCAUUAAAAGCAUAACACGGAAAGAAAAUAAGUCUUUGAUGAUCAGAUCCCUUUCCCUGGCUUUGUUUUUGUAAAUCUUUUUGAUCUGUUUUGCAUUUUCCUUUUGAUUCAAAGCUCUACACACAGUUUGAAGAAGCAGUCCCGCGUACGUGUCGUGUCUCUGAAUGUGUGUGUGUGCGUGUGUGUGUGUGUGUGUGUGGGGGGGGGGCUUUCGAGGUACACAACCGUUGUCACCUGAGGCAAAUUCAGCCGACCCAAAAUUCUCCAACCGUUUGGGGACAAUGAAGCACAAUGAAGCACAAUGAAGCUAUCUCAACUGUCUUAAAUGGAGGAAACGCAAACGCACCCGUUGCUCAUUUCUUGGCAAAUUGGCGGAAAGUGGAGACCUAUUCUUGAGCGUCUGAUAUUCAACCCCCCACCCCUACUCCCACUCUAGCUUUGCGUCCCGUCUGACCUGUUGCACUUUACGAAGCGCCUCCGAGCUGUUUUUUUUAAUACUAACUCCGCCCACUUUUCUCCACGUCCACCAAGUCCAGAGGGCGUUUUGAACAACAAGUCUUAAACUUUAACCGUCUCGCACCGCAGCCUCUCUCACCGCCCUUUUAGUCUGGAGGCCGAGGGGGAAAGAUGGCAGACGUGCAUUGAUCACUUUACAUAUCAGAGGCCCCGAUGCUUUCUAAAAUCAAACACACCUCCCAGGACUUGCACCCGUUAUUGGAAACUCUUUUUUUUUUAGUCAACCGAUCCUUUUAAAAGGAACGAUGACCUUUUGACAGGACUUUUUUAACUCGCCGAAACAACACAUUUCUAUCUGUGCGCUCUUCGCCACUGAGAGUCGGUAAAAGGCCUUCUCACGUUUUUCCUAGUUUGAAUCAAAAGAAGGAAAAAAAAAAGCGCCUGCCAAAACUACCAAAACCAAAACGGUUCCUCGCCAUAUGUUCCAGUGAAACACAUUUGUCACCUUCAGUUCAGUUUAUCACAACAGAUCUGUGAAACAUGAUAUGCACCUGCUCUUCUUUUUUUUUUACUACACAAACGCCACUCUGUUUGCCAAACAACAUCCGUGGGCCGCCGCCGGGACUGACUUGGCACUUGUAGGACACACUAUGAAACCGGCGAGUAAAACUCUUUGGAGCAAAAGAGUUGUAUGCAAUGUAGUUCUUUGUGAUAAACCUAAAACAGUCGCGAAGUCCUGUGAUCAUGGAUUAGGUGUAGAUGGAGAUCAGGUUCAUCCCAGAGGUGCUCAUUGGACAAGCUGCACAGUGUGUGUGUGUGUUUGUGUGUACCGUCACACGUGCCAAGAAAAUUAUUUUUAAUCGGACGAAAAUGCAAUAAAAAGCUCCUGAAAUGUGACGGGUUCUGCAUGUCGAGCAUGAUUUCGAGAACGUGGGGAUCCUGGUGGGGGGAGGGGGCGGGCUCAUAGGAGCAGCAGCCAAUGAGCUGGUGCGACUGGUCAAAGAAAAACAGGCUUUGAUUGAUUCUUUUCUUCUUUUUUUUGUCAUCCAUGAAAUGUACAUACCAGCUUAUGCCAAUUCAUAAUAUUUGCACUUUGAAGAAUUUCUGUACAGUAUGAUUUGUGAAUCUGCUUAACUUGAUAUGGUGGAUAGAGAAACGGAGAAUACAAAUAAAAUGUUAUCCAAUCUACAACUGGAAUUCCUAAUCAUCCCAAAUGGACAAUUUGCCUUUUUGCACUUUUUUUUUAUUUUUCAAAAAUGAUAAUGUUCUUACUGUGUGUGUCUUGUUUUAUUGCUUUAAAAAGCAUAAACUGUGACAGCUUAAGUAUUUCUCAGCUUUUAUUCUUCUUUCUUUUGCCUCUGCUCAUAUCCAACUAAAGCCUCUUUCAGCAAUUUCAAGGUCUGUCAAUGAAUUAAAGCUCAGCUGCAUGAUUUAUCCACCUGACCGCGUGGGGUAAUAUUAGGAUUAAUCUAGUACGAUAACAUUUCUUUGUUUGUAAAUAAAUGAAGAAAAAACGA